AGCGGCCAUGGAAGACCUGGGGGAAAACACCACCGUCCUAUCCACCCUGAGGUCUUUGAACAAUUUCAUUUCUCAGCGAGUGGAGGGAGGAUCUGGACUGGAUGUUUCCACCUCUGCCCAAGGUUCUCUGCAGAUGCAGUACCAACAAAGCAUGCAGCUGGAGGAGCGAGCAGAGCAGAUCCGUUCCAGGUCCCACCUCAUCCAGGUGGAGCGGGAGAAGACGCAGAUGGAGCUGAGUCACAAGAGGGCCCGCGUGGAACUGGAGCGGGCAGCCAGCGCCAGUGCCAGGAGCUACGAGCGCGAGGUGGACCGCAACCAGGAGCUCCUGACACGCAUUCGGCAGCUUCAGGAGCGGGAAGCCGAGGCGGAGGGGAAGAUGAAGGAGCAGCUGCAGCGCUACAGGUUGUGCCAGCAGAGCCUGGACGCGGCCAGCAAGAGGCUGCGGGACCAGGAGGACGGCCUGGCCGAAGCCGGCGAGACUGUCAGUGUGCUGAAGGGGAGGCUCUCGGACCUGCAGUGGAGCGUGAUGAACCAGGAGAUGCAGGUGAAACGCCUGGAGUCUGAGAGGCAGGAGCUGAAGGAGCAGCUGGAGCUGCAGCACAGGAAAUGGCAGGAAGCUAACCAGAAGGUUCAGGAGCUCCAGGCCAGCCAGGAAGCACGGGUGGGCCAAGAGCAGAGGAUUAAGGAUUUGGAGCAGAAGCUGACCCUGCAGGAGCAGGACGCUGCGGUCGUGAAGAGCAUGAGGUCUGAGCUGGCGCGGCUGCCCGCGGUGGAGACGGAGCUGCGGCAGCUGCGGGAGGAGAACGCCUGCCUGCGGGAGAUGCGGGACACCAACGGGCUGCUCCGGGAGGAGCUGGAGGGCCUGCAGCGGAGGCUGGGUCGGCAGGAGAAGAUGCAGGAAGCCCUGGUCGAGCUGGAGCUGGAGAAGGAGAGGCUGCUGACGAAGCUGCAGAGCUGGGAGAGGCUGGACCAGACCACGGGCUUAAGCAUCAGGACCCCAGAGGACCUGUCCAGGUUCAUCGUGGAGCUGCAGCAGCGCGAGCUCACCCUCAAGGACAGGAACAGCUCCAUCACCAGCAGUGCCCGGGGGCUGGAGCAGGCCAGGCUGCGGCUGCAGCAGGAGGUCCGCCAGCUCGGCAGCCAGCUGCUGGAGGAGAGGAAGAAGCGGGAGGUGCACGAGGCCCUGGCCCGGCGGCUGCAGAGGCGCGUCCUGCUGCUGACGAAGGUACGGGCCGCCGCUGCCGUGUCCACGCCACAUCCCCUGCCGUGUGUCUCACGUCACUCGAGCUUCCUGGGGUCAGGCUUGGCCGACCUCGACGCCAGCCUUGCAGGUGGCCCCACAGGGGAGACGCCUGGAUUGCAUUGGUUCACUGGUACAGAUCCCCCGCCGGGAGCCCUGGUGUACCGGGCGGCUCCUCAGCGGGGCCGCAUAUCUCCAACGCCGCAGGGUCCGCGGCCUCGAGGGCGGCCAGGCUGCCGCUUCCUGGUUGGAGCCGAGCACGUCCGCCCCCCACCCCCCACCCCCGCCCUCGGUGGCCCCGUGGGCUCGCACGGCAGCUCCCGCGUGGUCUGCGUGCUUCCUGCUCGAGGCACCUCCAGGGCGGCAGCUGUCGGGUCUCGAGGAUCCAGCCUCGGGACCGAGCUCCAUGCCCGGCCAGCUGCGCAGAGGGCGGGGGCCACGGAGGGGCGGUGUGCCCCCUGCUUCCGCUCGCUCUGCCCGGGAGACCUUGGUGUGCGGGCGCAGUCAGAGGCCUGA